CUUGAAAAUCUGUAACGGACACCGCAACCGCCGCAUACUCGUCUCUGGACUCUCGCGACGCGUUGGUCUGCAGCCUCGAGUAAGUUCGAUAUAGCCGUAAUCGCAGUCAGUCGCCGUCGUUGUCGUCGUCGCCGCAUCUAAGGUCACAGUUCGGCAAACUCUACGCGAGCAACAUGAGGGAAAUCGUCCACAUCCAGGCCGGCCAGUGCGGCAACCAAAUUGGAGCGAAGUUUUGGGAAAUCAUAAGCGACGAGCAUGGCAUUGACCCAACCGGCACUUACCACGGUGACUCCGAUCUCCAGCUGGAGAGAAUCAACGUCUACUACAAUGAGGCGUCCGGCGGCAAGUACGUGCCGCGUGCCAUCCUCGUCGACCUGGAGCCCGGCACCAUGGACUCGGUGCGCUCGGGACCGUUCGGCCAGAUCUUCCGACCGGACAACUUCGUGUUCGGUCAGAGCGGCGCCGGCAAUAACUGGGCCAAGGGUCACUACACCGAGGGUGCCGAACUCGUCGACUCGGUGCUCGAUGUGGUGAGGAAGGAGGCCGAGAGCUGUGACUGCUUGCAAGGAUUCCAGCUGACGCACUCGUUGGGUGGUGGUACAGGAUCUGGAAUGGGUACCCUGCUCAUCUCCAAGAUCCGCGAGGAAUAUCCCGACAGAAUCAUGAACACGUAUUCCGUCGUGCCGUCACCCAAGGUAUCAGACACAGUUGUCGAGCCGUACAACGCCACCCUCUCCGUACACCAGCUCGUCGAGAACACCGACGAGACGUACUGCAUCGACAACGAGGCCCUCUACGACAUCUGCUUCCGCACCCUGAAACUGUCGACGCCGACGUACGGCGACCUAAACCAUCUCGUCUCCCUCACGAUGUCCGGUGUCACGACUUGUCUGAGGUUCCCAGGUCAGCUCAACGCCGAUCUCAGGAAACUCGCCGUAAACAUGGUACCUUUCCCCCGUCUUCACUUCUUCAUGCCCGGAUUCGCGCCUCUCACGUCUCGCGGCAGUCAACAGUACAGAGCGCUCUCCGUACCGGAGCUCACCCAACAGAUGUUCGAUGCCAAGAACAUGAUGGCAGCGUGCGACCCCAGGCAUGGCAGGUACCUCACAGUCGCUGCCAUCUUCCGCGGUAGAAUGUCGAUGAAGGAGGUCGACGAGCAGAUGCUCAACAUUCAGAACAAGAACAGCUCGUACUUCGUCGAGUGGAUACCGAACAACGUCAAGACCGCCGUGUGCGAUAUUCCGCCGCGCGGUCUCAAGAUGUCCGCCACGUUCAUUGGCAACUCCACCGCCAUCCAGGAACUGUUCAAGCGCAUCUCCGAACAGUUCACUGCCAUGUUCAGGAGAAAGGCUUUCCUUCACUGGUACACCGGCGAGGGUAUGGACGAAAUGGAGUUUACCGAGGCUGAGUCGAACAUGAAUGACCUGGUGUCCGAGUACCAGCAGUACCAGGAGGCCACUGCGGACGAGGAUGCGGAAUUUGACGAGGAAGCGGAAGCUGAGGUUGACGAGAAUUAAGAGAGAGAGAAAAAUAUCCCGCGGCGGAAGCGAUACUUUCUCGCCCUCUCUCCUUGUUCUCUCUUUCUCCCUCUCCCCCCUCCCCCCUCUCUCUCUCUCGAUGGAGCGAUAACGCAACACACCCUUCACCCAUGCUUCUUAACUCGUUAUCUCUCUUUUGUAUCUUUUUUUACAAACUCGUUUCGAACCUUUACGGAGCGCGCGCGCGCUUUUCGUUGCUCCCCGUAUUGCACCCCUAGUGCGAUGAUUCGAAGAAUGAUUUCUUAUUUUUUAAUGCUUCUACAAGACUCAUUAUUUUCGAUUACUAAUUUUCGCGCGCCCCUACCAUCAUCCAGUGUAUAACCGCCGAGAGCGGCCGCUACAUAUUUGAAUAAAUUAUUAUAUGAAUCUGUCGUAACUCGCACUACUCCCUGAUUAUUACACAGACCUCUAGAAUUUAGUGCUAUUGAGUUUUGUAUUUUCGAAGACUUCAUAUAUAUAUUUAUAUUCGUCUGUUGUCAUACGCAGUUUUAUACCAUGAUAAAUUAGAUGUGAAUAAAAAUCCAUGAAAUAUA